AUGGUGCUGGGAAAACUGGCUAGCAUAUGUAGAAAGCUGAAACUGGAUCCCUUCCUUACACCUUAUACAAAAAUUAAUUCAAGAUGGAUUAAAGACUUAAAUGACAUAGGCAUGGGCAAGGACUUCAUGUCUUAA